AUGAAAUUUGAAGACUCAGAAAUAACAUUACUCACAGAACAAAUACAACAAAUAACAGUUGUAGCAGAACAUGAAGGAGCACAAAAGGAAAUAGAUCAAUUCAAAAAACAAAUAAUAAAAGAAGACAAAACUAAAAAGAAAGAAAAAGGCAAAGCUAAAAAAGCAGAAACAGCUGAUGAUAAAAAAACUUAUUUAUACAAAACAAUAUCUGCAUUAACAGAAACAAAAGAUGCUAUUCUCUGGAAAAAUAGAGAUCUAGUAAAAGACAUAGAAGAAGAUUAUAGAUACACAACUAAUGCUGUAUUAAAUCUAGAUAAAAAAAACUUUGAAGCAAUGCAAGAACAAAUAGAACAAUACAAAAGCGAACUAUUACGAGAAUAUCAAGCUAAGUACAGAGAACUAUUGGGAGUAUCUUUAAAAAAUCUAGAUAAAAUAUAUGAUAUAAAAGACAAAAAAGAAUUGAUGUUUCAAAAACAACAAAAAGCCAGACGACAAGGCUUAAAACUACCAGAAAUAUUAUUACCAAAAUAUCCAUAUCACGAAGAAUAUAGACCAACAGUAAAUGAACCACAAGAAACAGAACAAAAGCAGAUAACUG